GCUAGCUAGUCUAUCGAACAUGGCAAACGUUCAGGCGGCACUGGAGAUGAUAAACACGGCAGACCUGUCAUCAACAGAACACUUGCUGCUGAGGAAUCUCGUUAAUUCUGCAGUCUAUCCCGAGGACACUGCACGACUUAUCACUUCGACGAUUGAGACAUCGAACUGCAGCGUCGAGACGUCUCUACGCGAAGUCAAGCGGCAAUGGAGGAAACUGGCCAGCCGAUUAAUGGCCUCUGACAAGAUACCACAAGCCCUUCAAGAUCUAGCUUUCGAGAGAGAUGGGCGUGAUUUUACAAUGAGGCGAGGGCCAAGUCACGUACCGGGGUCGAAAAUAGAGCCAGCAUUUAUAGUCCCGCCUUCCAUGAUCCAUGACCUCGAGUCAGUGGAACAAGGUGCUUUGCUCCGGUUACUAAGGGCUUUCCUAUCCGAUGAGCAUGUUAACUACCUGAAGAAACUGCUUACCCUGGAACCACAAGAUACGGCAACACGUCUCAGAAACAUAGUUCUCCUGCCACCCAGUAUACAUGCAGCUUUUCGAGCUGGACACGUAGACAUCAGAACAAGGAAUGAUUUGGACGGGGGGCCGCCACCGGGUUGUGUGGACGAAACGCUUCUGAAAUGCCGGUAUGCGAUGCGCACACAGUAUCCUGAGGAGGUAUCAGGGUUGUUUCUGGGGGACGGGACCCCGUUCCGAAGAGGGCUUGUGCACUUCGACCUGUCAACUGCGGACCCCGAGCGUCUGCCAUUGCCCAGCAGUUUGUUGAUAGAUGUUCAUUUCCGAUUCGCAGCGGCAUUGCAUUUGUUCUAUAUUGAGGAUAAAGCAGCCCGUGGGUGGUCGUCAGCAUCACUUUCUUUGUCUCUUCCCUCCUUCGUCAGGCGCAGCCUUACCUGGCUAUGGCUUACAUUACCAGAAUGUCUCCGCGUAGCAUGCUAUCUGCUUCUAAACCGAAUCGGACGAAAACUCUAUCCUCUCGACGCCAGUGUAUGGGCCCAGCGAUUACCGUUUGGUCUGUACAUGAAGCAGUGCAUUCGGGCUCCUCAAAACGAACCCAACGUACUGCGACUGAUCGAGCGUCAAACAUCAAUCCCCGCACCACGCCUCAUCGACACCUGGGAGCGCGAUGGUACGACCUAUAUUCUCAUGACUCGUAUCCCCGGUGACCCCAUCGAAGACGUGCAGCACCUGCUGUCCUAUUCCGAGCGCCGAGAGAUCGCGGACGACAUUGCCAGAUACGUGGCGCAGCUGCGCCAGAUUCCAAACAACACUCCAUACCUCAUCUGCGACUCGCUGGGCGGUCCGAUCGUCGACCAUCGCAUCCCCAGCGGCACGGGCGGACCCUGGCACACGGAGGCCGAGUUCUACGAGCAUCUGACCAGCCACUACGGCCCCAUGGCGAAGGUCGCGGAGUUGAAGAAGCUGGGCAUCCGCGAGCACGAGCACUUCUACUUCACACACUCGGAUCUGCACCCGAGUAACCUGCUCGUCGAGCGCGGGCGCCUGACCGGGAUCGUGGACUGGGAGUCGGCCGGGUUCCGCCCGGAGUACUGGGAGUUCACCAAGGCGAUGUAUGGGGCCGUGUGCGGCGGGGGUCCGGUGAUGGACUCGAUCUUCUGGCGUGCGUUUGGGAGGAAGUAUGAGCGGGAGCUGGAAGUGGAGAGGCAGUUGUGGUAUAUCACGCCCUUUGGGUCGUGAAAAACUUGUUUCUGCCUCACUUGUCGAUUUGCACUCUGGCCCUCCCUCAGUCUCUGGCCGGUCAUUCCUACCCCCUCAUGUCUUUGAACGAAUCCUCUAAGAGAAACAAAAGGAACAUACAACAACAGCAUAAGUAUGGCUGUAGUCACCAAGCGCCCAUGGAGGCGAUGUCGCUUUGUCUUAAAAGUAUGAGUUGCCAUACGUCGUCGUCAUACAGAUGUCGCAGAUUGAACGGGCAAUUAACGGGCGCAACUUCUAUGAUGAAUCGGUCACCUCUGAUACAAGAGACACGGCUUUCGGAAUAAAUAUCUGGUAACUCUUCCCGUCAUGUAUAGCAUGCCGCUUCAUGCCUCGCUUACUCGCCACGUACUCUGAGGGUUGGCGAAGGCCAGAUAUAAGCAU